AUGGCUUCCAAGGAGAUAUCCUCCUCCUGCUUCGUCAGUGUAAACAGGGAGAUCACAGAGAGCAUCAGGAAAGCUGUGGACAGAUCGUCAAUCAAGUUUGCACGAGGCGUCAAGCAGGAAACCAAGAGCGGCAAAUCAGAGGACAGAAUACUGGUUCUUACAACAUGGCGUAUCUACCUCCUAGCUGCCAAGGUUCCAGCAAAGGUGGAGAUUACCUUUAAUUUCCUGGAAAUCCGGGCCAUGACCUCUCACCCCGAGCUGCAGGUUGUCAUAGAGACGGACAAGUCCACCUACUCCCUGAGACUGCAGUCGAGGGAGCACCUGGAUCACGUGACCAACCACGUGAACUUUGCCCUCUCCCGCAUCUUCAACAACUCGGUGUUUGCUCCACCCAUCUGUAAUCUAGAAGCUGACAUCUCGGACGGAAGCAGGAAGGUUUCUCCCAGUUCUGAAACGUCGGUGGAGACGCAGAGAGUCUGUGGGGGGUUUUCAGAGACGUACGCUGCUCUGUGUGACUACAAUGGCAUCAGCUGCAAGGAGGAAGUGCAGUGGGACGUGGACACAAUCUAUCACUCUCAGGACAACAGAGAGUUUAACCUGCUGGACUUCAGCCACCUGGAGAGCAGGGACCUGGCAGUGAUUGUGGCCUCCAUGGCGUAUAACACCUGGUUCACCAAACUCUACUGCAAGGACCUGCGCAUCGGGUCAGAGGUCAUGGAUCAGAUUCUGCACACCCUCAGUAAGUCCAGCAGUCUGGAGGAGGUCACCCUGGAGAAUGCUGGGCUCAGAUCAGACGUUCCUCAGAAGAUGGCUCUGGCUCUGGCAGAGAACCCUGCCUCUGUGAUCCACUCCCUCAACCUGGCGCACAAUACGCUGGAUAACCAAGGGGUGUCCAGCCUCGUCCAGCAAGUCUGCCGACUCAGCAAAGGUCUGCGCCUCCUCAACCUCUCCAAGACCUCCCUCUCAGCCAAGGGUGUAGUGUCUCUCUCCCAGGCUCUCUGCUCCAGUGAUGAUUACUCAAACACGCUGCUGCACCUGGAUCUCAGCCGCAACCCCGGGGUUCUGUCUGGGGAGGACUCCACGAACCUGUGCCUCUUCCUGUCCCAGCCGAACUGCCUGGUCCACUUGGACCUGUCCGGCACCGACUGCGCUGUGGAGUCGCUGUUUGGAGCUCUUUUGAGGGGCUGCUGUGCUGACCUGUCCUAUUUAAACCUCUCCAAAAAUGCCUUCUCUCACAAGAAAAUGAAGGAGACUCUACCAUUGUUCCGUCAGUUCUUCAGCUCCGCCUUCAGCCUCACCCACAUCAGCCUGGCCUCCAUGAAGCUGCCCCCUGACGCCCUCAGGGCUCUGUUCCUUGGUCUGUGCUCAAACCCUCACAUUAAUGAGCUGCACCUGGACAUCAGCGGCUGUGAGCUCAGGGCGGCGGGGGCCGGGGUCCUGGAGGACUGCCUGCCGAGGCUGGCCUCCAUCGCCACUCUGGACAUUUCUGAUAACGGGUUGGAUGCAGACCUGCUCUCCGUGCUCCCUGCUCUGUCUCGACAUCCAUCAAUCAAGCACCUGCUGCUUGGAAAGAAUUUCAACAUCAAGAGCAGGGUUCUGGAUGAAGUCUUACAGAAAUUGGUCCAACUCAUUCAGGAGGAAGAGUGUGUCCUGCAGUCUCUGUCGGUGGCGGACUCUCGGCUGCGUUCUCGUGGGACGGUGCUGGUGAACGCUCUGGGCUCCAACGCCUGCCUGCGCCGGGUCGACCUCAGCGGCAACAACAUGGAGGACGUGGGAGCCAAGAUGCUGAGCAAAGCUCUGCAGAUCAACACCACACUGAGGAGUGUGACCUGGGAUCGGAACAACACCACAGCAGUGGGAUUCUGGGAUGUGGCUCGAGCCCUGGAACACAACUUCAGCCUCCAGUACAUGCCCCUCCCCCUCAGUGAUGUCACACAGGCAUUCCGGAACACGCCUGAGAAGACCGAGCAGGCGCUGGUCAAGAUCCAGAGAGCUCUGCUGAGGAACAACCAGACGCAGCGUUUCUCCCAGAGACAGGCCCUGCGCCUGCACCAGGGCCUGGUCACUAGCACUGCUGAGCAGGUGAUGGAGCGCCUGUGUGUGCGUGUGCAGCAGCAGGUGUCAAUCCUGCGGGGGGUCGCUGAUGGGGAGGAGCUUAAAGCAGCCAAACAGGUGCUGAAGGAGGCCCGCAACUCCCGCGCGCUGUACCCCUCUCUGUGUGAGCUGGCCCAUGUGCUGUCAGUAGACGGGCCGGUCCGGCAGAAGCUGGACUCGCUGGCGGGGGAACUGGCCAAAGCCGCUGAUAAAGAACUACAGGUGAUCGUGGACUCCAUGGUGUCUCUCUGUCGGGAGCUCUGUCCUCUCUCCUCCUCGGCGGCCGAGCGCCUGACCCCGCCCCUCUCCUCCGUCUCCGAGCGUGUCUCCAUCCCUCGCUCCACCAUCCGCUCCGCCCUGAUGGAGAGAGCAGCGCAGGACAUCCACCGAGCCCUGGAGGAGGUGAAGCUCUCGGUCGUGUCCUACCUGACUAACUCCAUCGUAGACCACAUCUUGCAGGACCUGUACGCCACUCAGAAAACCCUGACUCGGCAGGUGUCCCAGGUGAAGCACUGGGAGGCUGCGGGGGAGGGGGGCACAGGCAGACGGUCUCACCGACAUCGAGACUCUCUGGACAUCACCGACGAGGAGCUGGGCACGAGCAUAGACACCAUUGCCAUUAAAAAGCGAAGCUCCAGAACCAGGAGAAUCCGCCCCGUGUCCACCAGACUGAGUUUGUGCGAUGACUCCAGCUCUUCUCCCCCUGCCUCAGCUCCUCCUCUCUCCGCUCCACUCUCCCGCUCGGCAUCAUGGGAGUGCCUGUCCACUCUGCCCACUCAGGGCGCACCGCUACAUCAUGUGACCCGGGUCAGGCCGAGGCCACCACGGAGACACAGGAGGGCCCACGCCCCCGUGGACUCACACUGCACAGAGAAUGGUGCUGUGACUCCACUGGAUGAUGGACUUCCUGAUUUUUACACCAAGAGAGUCCUGCCUGACAGUCAGUUGUCCUGUCUUCAUAAAGCUCAGUCUCUCAGAAGAAAGAAGAGGCGAAACAUGCUGGCAAUCUUCAGUUUCCGUAGGAACCGCAACUCAAUGCAAGCCAAUCAGGGCACAGAGAGCAGAGGAGGGGGAGGUGCCUGUGGAGAAGAGUGUCGGACAAUGGCGAUGGCAUCCACUGGUCGCAAGGGCAACUCCCAUCGGCCGAGAGACAGGCUCCGCCCGGAGCUCCAGCGGACAGACGACCUUCCCCUGAGGCUCAGGUGGACAGACACGUUAGGCCCGGGGGCCGGACAGACAGACAGCCCGCGGGUCCUCGGCCCGAGGAGAAGAGGAGGUGUCGAGGAGGUCUGGAGGGGAAACCGGACCCCCCCUCCCCAGAGCAGCAAGCCCAACCUGGCCAAGCUGAGACCGAGGCCCCUGCAGGCCAGCCCCGGGCCGGAGGCGGAGGGAAGGAUGGAACGAGAGAGAGACAUGGGGAGAAGGGAGAAGAAAGACAGAGAAGAUGAUGUGGAUAGGGGAAGAGAAACUGAAGGGCGGCCACCCCCAAUUCCUGAAAAGAAGAGUAGCUUGCAGCCAAAUGUAUCUACUUCUGUGACCACACCAAAGGAGGCAUCCAAUGAGAGGAAGGUCCUGCCUCCUGCUCCUCCUACCUCAACCAAGCCUGUGCUGGGAUUGGUUGAUCGGGCUGCCUCUCAAGGUGAGGAGGUAGUACGAUCCACAGUGCCUGUGAAGCCCCAGAGGAAUAAGAAAGCCCUGUCCUGUGACACAGGCAUCAGCAGGGACAGCCCCGGUAGUGUGGAGAGGCCCCCAAAUCGCAAACCCCCUGUGAAAAAACCCAGACUCCCCCAGAACAGAAACAAAUCUCUGGACUACCCUGAUAGUGGCAGCGCGGCGCCUAGCAACAGGGCGCCAUUGUGACAAUAGCAGAACUCACCUGAGGGCGGCCGCAGAGAAAUGGUUGCCAUGACAACCAGGCGAAUCUGGAAAGGGGGACAGAGAGAAAGGGAAGGGAGAGCGAAUGAGAGAGAGAGGGAGAGAGAAAGAUAGAGAGAGAGGGAGAGAGAGAGAGAGAGAGAGGACAUUAAAUGGUUUAAAACUUUAUCCAUAUCCCAGCCGUGUCUGGGUGGACUGAAGGUGGUGUGCAGGACCAGGGUCUACACCAGGGUGCCCAGCCCUCGUCCUGCAGGGCUGCAGGGUCUCCUGGGGGCCCCCUCUCCAGAGCCCAGGAGCCCAAACAUUCCAUUUUAUACAUCCUAUGAAUAUUUAGUGGAAUACUGUGGCAAUGGGUGUUCUGUGCUGUAAGACAGCAUCAGAACCUCCUGCGGCUUCAGAACCUCCUGCGGCUUCAGAGCCUCCUGCAGCUUCAGAGCAGUUACACUCGCUGUUUCAGCCUGGCUCCGCCUUCGACGCCGGCCUGGGAAUUCGGGGGAAAGAACAGGAGGUAUGGACACACCUCCUAUUCUCACCUUAUUUGCAUAAAGUAUCAGCUAACCAAUCAGGUGCCGGCAGUGUUCCCUGUGCUGGUUGAAAAUGAGCCCCCAAAUGCAAACAGACAAAUGUGUGGGCGUCAAAAAUUUUGAUAUCUUUACGACGUAGCGGUACCCUGGAAAAGAGUACACUGACGUGAUUUGGGCGGGGCCAGAGUGAAAUGCACAACUUUAAAGGGCAGAACGUGCUUUUCUACCAGUUUUUUUACGCCAAAAUGUUAUUUAAUAAAUGUUGAAAUAAUGGCAUGGAUUAAAAUGCUUCACUAUAAAGCAGGCAUACAAACGCUUUUACAGCCAAAAUGUGAUGGAGAGUGUAAUUACCCUUUAAGAAGCAGAAAGCAGGAAGCAGGAGUUGAGUAUCUGGUGAGUCUAAAGAAUCUUGGACUCUUGCCUUUGAGUUCCCAGAAUGCAGUGCAACAGUCGGGCACAGGGGCUGGGGCUUCAGCUUGAAGAGCAGGGCUGCGCGACUCCAGGACCUUGGGGCCGCAGUGUCUGCAGGUAUUUGCUCCUACCUUGCACUGCACCACCUGAUGUCACUAUUUGUUUUACCCGCUUGGCUCAGGAAGUGAGGUCACUGGUGAAAUCAGGGAAAUCAUUGGUAAAUGUAGUAUGAGAUUGAAGCAAAUACCUGCAGACACUGCGGCCCACAGGACCUGGAGUUGAGCAAAGGGUUUUCUCUCCCCUCUCUCUCCCCCUCUCUCUCACUUAUCUGAAGUGGUCAGUUGAACCGUAACUCUGUCGUUGAGAAGAACCUAACACCUUUUUAGAUGUUGAACUUUCUGCACUAACUGCUGUUAAAAAGACUGUGCUGCAGUUUCAUGAGAAGCCAAGAGCUGCGAACGCUCAGAUCUCACGUAGUAUUUUUAUUACGAUUAUUACACAUGAAAUUACUCAGCUGUGUUGGAACAGGUAACGCUAAUUGCUCGUGUCAUCAAUGUUAUUGAACUCUUUUUUUCCCCCUUCUGACACAUUUUUGAUCAGUGUUAAUAUCGUUUGCAAUGGUUCAAACUUCAAAUAUGCUGUUGAUAGAUUUUGUUGUCAAUUUCAACUGAUUUAUUAUUUAUUUCUUCCUUCCUUGACUGAAAUGUGAUAUAUUUUAUAAAGUAAAAAAAAACAAAAAAAAAAACAAAAACAAUAAAUGACGUUGAUACAGUGAUAUAUGAAUAAAUAAAAAGACUAUGAUAAGAAA